ACCGCUGGACGACAAUGGAUUUUAUGGUUCAUGUUUAACUUAUUAAAUAUUCAUACAAAUAAGCAAGUUCUGCGACUGAUCGUAAAUCCUAAAAACCAUGAAUUGAGUUUUGAGUUUGACCUAAUUAAGGCAGCGAACAAUAGCAUCAGAAGCGAAGAGACAAUAACAUUCUGAAAUCCCACGAGCGCUACCAAGACUCAGUGAUCUUCAAGCACGCAAGGUGUUUGACAGAAUUCCCCUGUGAGCUUUUUCUCGGUCAAAAUAAACGUUCUUUACUUUGCAACUUUUCUCUGGGACGGGAUAGCACUUCUUUUUUGUUCAAGUUUUAGUAUGGCUUUUAUGGUUUUCUUUCACUCCGAUUUGCAGAAGGAAAUCAAAGACGAGAGCUUGAGCUACGAUGCUGCCGCAGCGAGUGAAGAAGGCUUUUGCAGACAACCCCAAGAAGAUUGCUAAUUUGAUUGAUCUAGUGAACCUUCCUUCGACUCUGCGAGACUUUGUGGGUCAAUCUCAAAUUUCUCGCCUGGGAUGCUUCACGCGUGUCUGGUCCUACAUCAAAGCCCACAAUCUCCAGGAUUCCAACAACAAGAACGUGGUCAAUUGUGAUGAAAAGCUGAAAAGAAUCCUUCUUGGGCGGUCUCAGGUUGAACUAGCCGAACUUCCUGCACUGAUCAAGCUGCAUUUUCCUAAAGAGCCAAACUUUAGCGCUGUGAAUUGAAUUGGCUCCUGCUCAAUAACUGAAAUGGGGCGUUUCCUGUUAUUGAGGGACAAAAUUACAGCUUUUGGCAGGACAAAAGAUGAACGCUGCAAAGUGUUUCACCAGUGAGAUAAAGCUGCAUAGAAAAUAAUCAACACUAGACGUUACA